UCCGUUAUGGCGGAGCACACAGAGGCAGAAGGCAUCGGCCUGGCUGCAAACAGCAUGUCUCAGCAGGCUGCUCUGCAUUUCCCCCCCGUCACUGCUCCUCCUGCUGCUCCGCCCGCCCGCCGCCAGCCUCUCCUGAGCAGCCCGGUGCCGCCCUACACCCUGAUGAGGAGUCCUCCGCCUGCCGUACGCCCGCCCUUCACACGUCUGCCCUUUGACCCCAGCGUGCCUCCGCCCAUGGGCACACCGCCGCUGCCGGUACAUUCACAGAGACCCCCGUUCAUGCCUCCUCCUGGGGGAUCCAUGCCUCCUCCACCCGGUAUGAUCUUCCCUCCAGGAAUCCCUCCGUCAGUGGCUCCAGCUCCGGCUCCGGCUCCCACUCCUUUGGUCUCCACUGAGGAGAUCUGGGUGGAGAACAAGAGUCCGGAAGGAAAGGUGUAUUAUUAUAACGCUCGCACCCGAGAGUCAUCCUGGACCAAGCCUGAGGGGGUGAAGGUGAUCCAGCAGGCAGAUCUGUGUCCUCUGAUGAUGAGCCAGGCGGCUGUGGCGGCGGCGGGUGGAGGAUCCACAGCUCCAUCCGUCAGCAUCCCAUCAGCAGCAGCAGUCAGCGGCUCCACAAACACACUCGCAGCCCCUAGCGCCGGCCCCACAGCGGCCCCCAGCAUCGCUGCAGCAUCACCUCUGCUGCCCACUCCUGCCACAGCUCCAGAUGUGGUGGAGAUGCCGUCAGUCGUGACCUCUGCCCCAAGUCCCAUGCCAACCCCAAUACCAGCUGUCAAUCAACCCACGGUCUCGGUCGCCAUGACAACAGGACCACCCACUCUGCCUGUGGCGCUGUCCCACACCGUCCCACAGCCGGCCACUCCAAUUCCAGGAUUCCCUCCGGUGAUGGUGCCGCCGUUCCGGGUGCCACUGCCCGCCAUGCCCAUCCCACUGCCUGGUGUAGCAAUGAUGCAGAUAGUCAGCUGCCCCUAUGUAAAGACUAUCUCUCCCACCAAAAACGGGAUGCUCCCUAGCAUGGCUCCGCCUUUAGUACCCAUGAUACCCCCUCAGAUGGCCAUGGCUGGACCCGCGGGACUGCCGGGAGCUCUGGGCACAUCAGACUGGGCAGAGUUUAAAACCCCAGAGGGAAAGUCUUAUUAUUAUAACAAACACACACAGGAGACCACCUGGGACAAACCGGAGGAGCUCCGGGACACAGAAAAGGAGAGUGAAAAGAUGACGGACACUGUGGAGGAGAUGAUGGAGGCUGAAAUCCUGAGCAUGGAGGAUGGUAGCCCACAGAUCGACCCGCCCAAAGAACAGAAGGAGGAGCUGAAGGAGGAAGAGAUGACGGAGGAGCAAAAGGCCGCUAAAAAGGCAAAGCCUGUCGCAACGACACCCAUUCCUGGCACACCGUGGUGUGUGGUGUGGACGGGUGAUGAGCGUGUGUUCUUCUAUAACCCCACCACCCGUCUCUCCAUGUGGGAGCGGCCGGAGGAUCUGCUGGGUCGAGCUGAUGUAGAUAAAGCCAUUCAGGCUCCACCGCACAAGAGAGGCCUGGACAACAGCCACAGACUGGCGCUGAUUAAAGACGAGCAGGAGUUUCCUGUUUCUGAAGACGCAGCAGAUGAGGAGCCCAGCAAAGCCAAGAGGCGAAAGGUGGAGGAGAAGAUGGAGCUGGACCCUGAGAAGGAGGCAGCGAUGGAGGCAGAGCUGAAGGCGGCGCGGGAGAGAGCUGUGGUUCCUCAAGAGGCCCGAAUCAGUCAGUUUAAGGAGAUGCUGCUGGAGCGAGCAGUCUCUGCUUUCUCUACCUGGGAGAAGGAGCGCCAUAAGAUUGUGUUUGAUCCGCGUUACCUGCUCCUCAACCCUAAAGAGAGGAAACAGGUGUUUGAUCAAUAUGUGAAGACGCGUGCUGAGGAGGAGAGGAGAGAGAAGAAGAAUAAAAUCAUGCAGGUUAAGGAUGACUUCAGGAAAAUGAUGGAGGAAUCGAAACUGGGUGUCAGAACGACCUUCAGUGAGUUUGCUGCCAAACACGCCAGAGAUUCCCGCUUUAAGGCGGUGGAGAAGAUGAAGGACAGAGAAGCCAUCUUUAUUGAGUUCAUGACGGCAUUCAGAAAGAAGGAGAAGGAGAACUCAAAGAACCGCGGCGAGAAGGUCAAGCUGGACUUUUUCGAGCUGCUGUCGGAUUAUCAUGUGGACAUUCAGCAGCGCUGGAGUAAAGUAAAGGAGAAGCUGGAGACGGACCCACGAUACAAGGCUGUGGAGACGUCUGCGGCGCGAGAAGAGCUCUUCAAGAACUACGUGGAGCGUCUUGCUAAGAACCCGAGUGCAGAGAAGGAGAAGGAGCUGGAGAAGCAGGCGCGGGUGGAGGCCAGUCUGCGGGAACGCGAGCGGACGGUGCAGAGGUUUCGCUCCGAACAAACCAAAGAGAUCGACCGUGAGAGAGAACAGCACAAGCGGGAGGAGGCCGUGCAACAUUUCAAAGCCCUGCUGUCGGACAUGGUAAAGUCGUCUGAUGCCGCCUGGUCGGACACGCGGCGCUCCCUGAGGAAGGACCACCGCUGGGAGUCUUCAUCACUGCUGGAGCGCGAGGAGAAGGAGCGACUGUUCAACGAACACAUCGAAGCCCUCGCCAAGAAGAAGAAGGAGCAGUUCCGCCAGCUGCUGGACGACACCACAUCGAUCACCUUGACGACGUCUUGGAAGGAGGUGAAGAAACUCAUCAAAGAAGAUCCCAGAUGCAUCAAGUUCUCCAGCAGUGACCGAAAAAGACAGAGAGAGUUUGACGACUACAUUAAAGACAAAUACAUCACAGCCAAAGCAGACUUCAGGACGCUGCUGAAGGAGAACAAGUUCAUCACAUACAAAUCCCGUAAGCUGAUGCAGGAGUCGGAGCAGCACCUGUUGGACAUCGAGAAGAUCCUGCAGAAGGACAAACGUUACCUGGUUCUGGACUGCAUGACGGAGGAGCGCCACAAGCUGCUGAUGGGGUACGUGGAGGAGCUGGAGCGCAGGGGACCACCCCCACCACCCACCGCAUUCGAGCCCGCGCGCAGAUCCACCAAAUGAACACACACACACACUCUCGCUGGUCACUCCAGGCCUACAGUACAGUGGUGGAGAGAGUUUAACGUGCUGCAGUUUAGGAAAACACAUGCAGACACAGUAAACACUCAUCAGUGGGAGAGUUUUGUGAGAGGCCGUGUGCUGUCCCACUGAUGCAGAUCUUCUCCUAGUGUGCUGGUGUUCACUGUAUCUGCAUGUGUUAUGUUAAAGUGCAGCGUCUUCAGCUCUUUCUCUACAGCCUCUCCCUGACAAACAAACCCACCACACAGGCUGAGCAUUGGGACCAACUGGAGAAUGGGUUCAUGAUGUAUGUCCAGGAGCCAGUGUUGUUUUUAUCUCCUCCCACACCCACACUUCAUCCCUCCGUCCCGUCUGAAGGCCAAUAUAGAGCGUUUGUCUUGUGUUUGGCUGAUUUUGAUUCUCCUCUGAACUCUCGAUCCUUUAAAACUCUACAGACUUCACUCACCCUCAGGGGUAUUGGAGGAGUAGUGGAGAACUCUGACAGGAUUCUCUGUGUUUGUUAUUUUAACUGACUGCUGGGUGAACAUACGCGUGAGCUGUUCUACAAGAUGAGUAUGUAUGGCUGAUAUGUAUUCAUUAGUCGGUUUACACUGUGUUUCGGCUGAGCUGCUCGACCGCGUCUUACGGUUUCAGUGUUCAGAUGUUUGGUAAUCAAAAAAGAUCUGGUUUUUUGGACUUGCUUUAUGUACAGCUGAUGUUGAAUAAAAGCAAACCCAUUUUUUAUAA